AUGCCUGGACCUGCCAUGCCCACGUCUGAGCCGUGCCCAGCCCAGCGGUGCCCAUGGGUGAGCAGUGCCCGGUGCCACGGAGCCCCUAUCUCAGUGGUGCCCGGUAUGUCCCAGUGGUGCCCGAUCCUGCAGUGCCCGUCUCCCAGUGGUGCCCGUGGCUGGGGGGUGCCCAGAGCCUGGCCCCACGGUGCCCGAGCGAUGCCUGGUGCCUGGGGGCUGGUGGUGCCCUGUCCCGUAGUGCCCGGUGCCGGGCUGUGCCCCGUCCCACGGUGCUCGGGGGCGGCGGUGGCGGGGCCCCGGGGCGGUGCCGCUGCCGGGGGUGCCGGGCUCGCGUUACGGCGGCCCCAUUGGCCGCGGCGGGGCGGGGCGGUGCCGCCCAGCAGCGCCGGGAGGCGGCGGGCACGGCCGGGAGCGGCGCCGCGCUCCGCUGCUCCGGCACCGGCGAUGCACAGCGCCCGCCCCGAGCAGCGCGGCCCCGAGCCGCGGUGCCAUCGAGACGCAGGGGCGGCGUCACGGGCGCACAUGCACCGCACGCGGCAGGCGUCGCACCAUGCCAGCGGGGCGGCAGGGCCACCCCCACACCCCCCGUGCCCCCCACGCCCCGGCUCAGCCGCGGACUCAGCCUGCAGCCUGGAGCCAGGGGGCGAGGAAGAGGAUGGGGGGGGCCCAGCUGCCCGCUCCCCACCAGCCAGCGAGCGCAGCCUGGAGUUUGACUCGGGGUACUCGGAGGCAUCGGGGGGCACGUGGCGGGAGGACGAGGCACCCGUGCGACGUCGGCACCCGCUGCCCUGCCAGCGGGCGCACCGGCUCUCGGCUGGCCCCGUCGCCCCACCGCCUGCACCCACCCGCCGCGCCCGCCCCAAAUCCACCUCGGACGCCUGCCUGGAGCAGUGGCGGGCGCUGGAGCCGGCCGACACGCAGGACUGGACUGUGGCGCUGCUGUCACAGAGCCGGAACCGGCAGCCCCUGGUGCUGGGCGAUAACUGCUUCGCCGACCUGGUGGAGAACUGGAUGGACCUGCCUGAGGUGGGCACUGAAGCCCGGUGCCGAGCGCCCGCCGAGCCCUCACGCCGCCUGGCCAAGCCUCCCGCCUUCCUGCUCAGCCUCUCGGGCAACGUACGCCGUAAGCUGGCCAACAUGGCCAGGCCCCGGGGGGCAGAAGCUGCCCGGCCGGGGGGCCGUGAUGCCACCAAGCGUUUCUCCUGCCCGCUGGGGCUGGGGGGGCAGCCCAAGGGCGCCUGCUUCCACCAGUCCCACAGCAACAUUGCCCAGCUGGCCACGGACUUCCACCGCUUCACUGCCCUCAUGAACAGCCGCAGCCGCCAGCCCAUCAUCUGUAACGACGUUAUUGGCUACAUUUAGCCCUGCCUGCCGCCACCUGCACCCUUUGCCGCUGUAAAUAAACCCCACUUUUGUACGAUACAGGCGCAGCAACGUUUAUCGGGAGGGAUGCCUGCACCCCGACUCCGGGCAGGGGC